UGUAGUAAUUUGGUUAUGGUUUGUUUUGUUUUGUAUUUGGGAGUUCUUGAAUCCUAUUCGCUUUUUUUUUAUUUAAUUAAUUUGGUUUACAACAGAUCUAGCAAAAGUUGUAUUUUUAAUCAAUAAUUUAAUUAUAUAGACAAAAACACUUCAAUGUCUCAUCAGAUUAUUGACGUAUUGUCUUCGGAUGACGAAGAACUUCAACAACCUGCUAAGAAUGUGAAGACAACCUCCCUGAUCAGACCCCAUGUUACCCUUACAGUUAUAUCUAAAACCAAAGAAGAACCAGUGAUGGUGUUGUCAGAUGAUGAAAAUGAAGCAAAAAGUGCUUCUGAUAUCAACAGAAUCCAAAAUCCUAAAGAUCUCAUUGUUCUAAGUGAUGAUGAAAAUGAAAAAUGUAAUGGAAAUCAAGUCAUUAAUAUCCUUGAUGAUACACCAGAUUCAAAUAGCUUGUCCCCAUGUGAACAUAAAGAUAUAAAGGAGUUGUCACAUGCUGUAGAAGCUGUGGAAGUAUUACAGAAGAGCUUUGUCGAAGGCAACUUUAAAUUAGAACCAGAUAAGCCAGUGGAAACAGGUAAAGCUGCAACUAUGGAAGAUACCUCUGCAACCACAGAUGUCAAUAACACUUCUGACAUAGAAAUUAAUGAAAUUAGUGAAAAUUGUGAUAAUCAACAAAUGAAUAAAGACAGUAGUAAUGCUUCUAAUGACUUCCAAGAAUCUGCCUCAUUUUCACCAGAAAAACAAGAACAAUGCACAAAAGAUUUUGAAAAAACUGAGAGUACCAAUGGGUUAGUAGAUUUAAAUGGUGAGACCAUUGUGAUAGAUGAUCCAGGCACAGGUACUAAUAAACUGAAUACAAAUGGUGAAGGUUUGGAAUCAAUGAAAAUCAGUAAUGAUGCUUUAGAUAGCAUUCAUAAUUCUGGCUCUUCACCACCAAAAACCUUAGAAACCUCUAACAAACCAGAAGUUAUUCAUAAAAAUAUCGAUGACACUCUAUUAAGUUAUGGGGAUAAUGCAAAUCAAACAGAAGACAGUAAAGGAACAAAAGAUCUUGACGACCCUCAGCUGCAUAUUAACGACGAUUUUGCUUCGUUAUCACAAGAAAAACUUUUUAGCUUGUCACAAGCAAGUCAUCAAUCUAGUGACAUCUCUAAAUUAAAUAUCAGCGCAAGUGAUAAUUCUACAAUAUCAGAAUUAAAAUACAGCGAAAGUUUAGACGACCUUGAGGAUUUACGCUCAAUAUCGCAAGAACAACCAAGAAUACUACACGAUCCAGAGGAAUAUCAUAAGGACAGUAAUGGUAUGAUGUCAUUGGACAUAGUCUUCAAAGAAUCAAACAAAUUGCUUGAUGAAUUAAACUUGAAAAUAAACCAAUCAAAUCAAAGCCCUAAUCUGUCAGAAUUGAGUGAAUUAAACAAUGAUGAAGAUGUUCUUCCUGAAUUAGGUCACAAAUCCAAUGAAAUAAGCCAACCAUCUACCGAUGAUGAUGAUCUUGUUAUUUUAACUCGAGUCAGAAGUUAUCCGGAAAGCAUUGUUAUAGAUGAUUCGGACCAAGAAACUGAUAAUAUUUCACAAGAAAGUAAAAGCAGCAAUCUUCCCAGCAGCAGUAUUAAUAUCUUCAAAGAAAUGUUACAAGAAACAUCAUCUAAUAGCGAUCUGAGUGGUUCCCUCGUUACGUUAGCAAACGUGGAAUACGUAGAUGAUAGCAUUGUCAUAAACGACUCUGAUGAAGAGACUGAGCCUAAGUCGAAAGUUAGGAAAGUUUUUCUCGUAAAUCUUAAAAAGACAGCAUGUACAGAUCUUCCUUCGCCAUUUAUAAAGGUUGAACCAGCUUUUACAGAGUUUUUAAGAAUGGUCGAGGAAAGGCUCAUUGAUACACCAUUUGAGGAACUUUUACCCAAGAAGGUUCCAGUUAUCCAGAAAUAUUUUGAUAAAUGCGUGGAUUAUACGGAUAAACAUUAUUUUAAAAUGAUUUUAGCUAAUGCCAUGGAAAAUAUGAGGAAAUCUCCGACGGAAAAAGCGCCAGAAACUGCAGUAAAGUCUUUUCAUAGCGUUUACGCAUAUUUAAAAUCUCGUCUGGAGGAAAGCAUAAUUGAAAUCGACGAAGAAUCUGUAUCAAAAGUAAAAAAGUUGGAAAAAAUGAUGAGGUUAUUGCGAAGACGGAUUAUACUGCUGGAGGAAGAAGAGGUUGAUCUGAGCGAUGAAGAAGGUUCCGCGUAUCUUAUGAUGGAUAGAUAUCGUGAACGAUUUAACAGAAUUUACAAAAAAUAUUGUCAAAUUCUCAAGAAAAACCCCUAUCUGGGAAGAGCCACCUACGACAAAAUAGCAUUUGUUAAUUCCAAUUAUAUGGCUAUUAAUCGGGCUAUAAGUAGAGAAUACAAAAAUAGUUUAAAGUUCCCUACCUACCUUGAAGUAGAAGCCUUAAUUGAAAGUGUUAAUAAAGAAGAAAAUUUAGGCAUGUCAGAGCAAGAGCUUAAAAAAGAAAGUGUCGAAUGCUUCAAAAAUUUGGGUACGCUCCUCCAGAAAAAGAGACGACAAGAGCUAUAUGAUAUGCACAUAGAAUAUAUAGACUAUUUAGAAGAUCCAGCAAAUACAGACCCAUCCUUGGACAAAACCUUAAAAAGGCACAGUUCUGAAGCUGACAUCAAGUUAACAGAAGUAAUCCAAGAAUAUGUGAAGAAACAAGAGGAACUCGAACUCGAAGAAGAUGAAAUAAUGGAAACUUCAGAAGAAGCUUCAGAAGAAGACAGCACUAUUAGUACAAUUAGUAGUGACUUGUAUGAAUUAAAUCCUGAUAUAUCCGUUGAUCCAAUUCUUAGAGCUACAGACGAGCUACUUGCUUCAUUGGAUAGUACAGCAGAGCAAGAAUAUUCUGGCCAAUCAAAACAAGCUGAUACUUCAUUACGGCGCUCGCAAGGACCUUUAAAAAAGUUAUGUGAAAUAUGUGGCAAAAAAAUUGUGAUUGGCAUGCAAAAGUCAUGUGACAAAUGUACUAAAGAAGAUCCCAUUGGUUCAAAAAGAAAAAAUGGCGAAGGCACUUCAAGAGAUGGUGAACACCUUGAUAAAUUCACGGCGAUGGAAGGUAGCGACAGAAAAAAGAGAAAACUAGAACAUGAUAUCGAAAAAUCUGAAGAUCCCGGUACUUUAAAAGAACAAGCAUCACAAGGUAUAUGUCCAGAGGAAGAUAAAGAAAUAAAUAAAGUAGAAACUGAUAUCACUGAGAGAGCAUUUAAAGAAAGAAAUCAGCUUAAGGGUGAUUCAUUUGGCAAUUCUUCUUAUAGUUCACAGGUUGCAGGUAUCAAAGAUGAAGAAAAAUGCGAAAAAAUUGCCGAAAAAGUUGAAAAGAAGGAAAUAACGGGGGAUUCACUUGAAAAUAUUACCGACAUUUCCAAUACAGAGGUUACAGGUAUCAAAAAUGAAGAAAAGAUUGCCGAAAAAGUUGAAAAGAAGGAAAUAACGGCGGAUUCACUUGAAAAUAUUACCGACAUUUCCAAUACAGAGGUUAUAGGUAUCAAAAAUGAAGAGAAGAUUGUCGAAAAAGUUGAAAAGAAGGAAAUAACGGAUGAUUCAGUUGAAAAUUCUUCCGGCAUUUUCAAUUCAGAGGUUGAAGCACAAAAUAUUGCCGAAAGCUCUCUCAAAAAAAUGAGGAGCGAUUCAUUUGAACAAAAUGAUUCUAAGGAUAUAGUAAAUACUGAGAGAGAUGUAGAUAUGAAAUGUACUGAAAAGCAGGACCUAAAUGCCGAAGAAAAACCUGAGACUCGACCAACGAUAGGUAACGAAGCCACCAGUGCAUUUAAAUAAAAAGCAAGGACUCUAUGUACUCUUGUUUUUUAUUGAAAAUAUGAAAUUUUAAAAAGACUAUGGGAAUUUUUGCCAAUGACUGUUGCAGUUGUUUGUGACCUUUUAUAAAUUAUAUUUUGUGAAAAUAUUUUUUUGCCAAAAUGUUUUAGUUAUUAAUUUGUUUUGACAUGUAUGACAUGUGUUAAAUAAAUUUGAGUUAACAGUA